AUGUCUGCCUUCAAGCGUCGGACGACAACAAAACAGCCGCCACUUCCGGCAGGCACGCGCACCUCUCCAGGCUCAACCGCGACCGUGAUCACGUCGACCGGUAUUCCCUCUCUGGAUGAUAUUCUCGGCGGCGGUCUGCCCCUCUCCUGCUCGCUUUUGGUCCUCGCGCCGGAUGCGCACACGGCGUAUGGAGAACUCGUAGUCAAGUACGCUGCCGCGCAGGGGUUGGCGAGCGGGCAGCGGGUGUGCGUGGUCGAUCCCCGCGCGGACUCCUUCCUAGCCGAGUGCAUGUGGAUGCCGGGAAGCAAUGCACCAAUCCCUACCUCAAGCGUUGCCGCACUAUCGAUCGCCGCGGACGACGAGGAUGAUGAGAGGGCUUCCGAACACGAUACGAAAAUCAAGAUCGCGUGGCGUUAUGAGCAAAUGAAGCAGUUCCAGACCACCGUGCCCAGCUCUAGCCAGUCGACGGACGACUAUUGCCGGACUUUUGAUCUCACAUGUCGGAUACCAGAAGCCAUCGUUGAUGCCGCUCGCAGCGACGGAAGAUUUCUGGAUGUGAGCCCGGACGAAGACGCACCCAAGGAGGCACGGAGGUCGUGCACGACGGUGAUCCGUCGUCUUACGGAGAUGCUUGCUCGAAGCGACUUGGAGACCGAGCCUUUGGCAACACGGAUCUGCAUACCCGCGCUGGGAUCGUAUGAAUGGGGAGACCUGACACCCCAGGAUAUAUGUUAUUUCUUGCAUUCUCUGCGCGCCCUCCUCCGCCGCUAUCCGCGUGCAUGCGCCUCCGUAUGUUUGGCGCCGCAUCUUUGUCAAGAAGCGUACGGCGGCCCUGGAUGGGUGCAGAAACUCGGAUGGCUUACGGACGCUGCCGUCACUUUGGCUGCCUUCAGCUCAAAUCCCUCGCUCACCGCGAUGUUCUCGUCUCAUCAUGGCCUGGUCCACAUACACACCCUCCCCUCACCACACACCCUACUCCCUCCUAGCGACAAGUUCUCAACUCUUCGUGGGCUGUCCUCGUCCGGAGAGAACAACCUCGCAUUCAAGUGCAUGCGCAAGCGCCUCAUCUUCGAAACGCUGCAUCUAGACGUCGAGGGUGGAGUAGGCGAGCGACGCACUACACCAUCCGCUAACGCCAUAGCCAUGGACUCAGGCCUCGCGCAUGACCACACCCACGAGGAGUCAGCCGCGUUCACCAAGGGAAGCACUUCAAUAGCUGCAGUCCAAGUACAGCUAGAACAAACACAAAUAGCGGUCGCCCCUCCGCAGCACGACAUCGCACCACCCACUGAACCGCCUACAAGUAGCUUUAAGAAGGUCAAGGUCAAGAAAAAGGUGGCGUUUCACUCGGAACGGCCCGAUCUGUACGAUUUUUGA